AAAGUCUUACAACCGGAUUAACCCUAACCCCGCAAAAAUAUGACCGCUGCUCCGAAAUAUUUUGCUUCUGCUUUUAAAACUGCAAAGCUAAAAUGCAUUCACCGACCAACCCUUGAGUAAAAUGACGCCUAAAACUUUCAAUUUUCCCGCCAAACGCACAACCGCACUUUUCCUUCUAACCGCAACCGCCGCCGCCGCCGCCGCCGCACAAACUACUAACUCCGCCGUGCUCUCUCAUCUUCCAUCACUCUCAGCCGACAAAGCUGGAGGCGAAAUCCAUGGUCUCCUCCGCACCGCUCGUGCCGUCUCCACGGUCGCUUCCACUGUUGUUGACUAUGAAUUCUCUUUGCGUGGCCUUAAAAAGGACUCCGACCAGUACCGUCUAACGAUUUCUCAGGUGCAUCUACGCUCCGCCAAGAGGUUUCUCAAGUUAUGCGAAGCCAACAAAGGGUUUUAUGUGAAGGCUGGGCAGUUUGUUGCGGCGCAGAAAGUGCUUCCUACAGAGUACUCGUCCACUUUGUCUUCGUUACAGGACCGGGUUGCUCCUGUUCCUUUUAAAAUAGUCAGGGAGGUGUUAAAGAAUAGUCUCGGACCUAAUUUCUCUGAUAUGUUUUUGUCAAUUGAUGAACAACCUGUAGCUGCUGCAUCUAUUGCUCAAGUUCACCGUGCAGUGCUGAAAAGCGGUUAUGAUGUAGCAAUCAAGGUACAAUAUCCUUGGAUAGAGCAGCAGAUGAAUUUUGAUACAAGAACAAUGUAUUUCCUAUCGAAAACUAUUGCAUGGUUAUACCCUCAAUACAAGCUCGAGUGGCUACCCUUAGCGUUUGCUAAGUCUAUGUCUUCAGAACUUGAUUUUGUUCAGGAGGCAAGGAAUUCUGAGAUAGCAGCCAAAACAUUCAGAAAUAACAAAAUGGUCAAGAUUCCUCAUGUAUUCUGGGACUUGACAACAAGGCUUGUCCUAACCAUGCAGUUUUGUGCAGGACACAAGAUUGAUGACUUGGAUUUUCUGAAUCAGAUUGGGGUUGAUCCAGAAAAGGUAGCAAAAUCACUGAUUCAGCUAUUUGCUGAAAUGAUAUUUGUACAUGGUUACAUACAUGGUGAUCCUCACCCUGGUAAUAUUUUAGUUUCCCCAGAAGGCUGUAAUGGUUUCUCUUUGGUUCUUCUAGAUCACGCAGUGUACACGAUAUUGGAUGAAGAAUUUAGAAAAGAUUUCUGUAUGUUAUGGGAAGCCUUGAUUCUCAAGGAUUCAAUGAAAACAUUGUGGUUUGGUGAGCGAUUAGGUUCUGGGAAGUAUUCCAGAUACUUACCCAUCAUUUUCACUGGAACAACCAUUGAAAGCAAAUAUGCCGUUGGAAUAUCGAUUGAAGAAAAAGAGGCCUUGAAACGUGAAUUGAAAUCUCUGUUAUUUGAGGAUUUGCAUUCAUUCAUGGAGUCUCUGCCGCCAGAUUUUAUUGCUAUUAUGCGUGCAGAUGCACUGAUAAGGUCAAUUAUUAGAAAGAUGGAUGUCUCACGGGUCAUGAGGUUGCUAACUUACACCAAAUAUGCUGUGUAUGGUGGUCUGUGUCCAAAAUUGAAUGAAGGGGAAUCACGUAAAAUACUCGGAACAAACUUCUAUUUUGCUGUGAAAGCUGGUUUUUUCAGUUUCAUAUCAACGUUAAAAUAUGUUCGAAUCCUAAUAACAGUCCUUAUAGGGGCCAAUAAUGUUAUCCCUUGGCAGCAGAAGUUGAAAAGUGUACGGAGUUACUUGUAUAGUAAGAUAAAUUAUGACUCUUUGGGCUUCUUGGUGCAUUCUGUUUUUCUUCUUUUAUGCAUCCGUCCUGCAUUGUUCUAAAACCUUGAAUUCUUAUGAGAUAUAAGCAUUAAAGAAGUGAACUGUUAUAAGAUUAAAAUGAAUUGCAACUGUCUUAAACAUUGCGUA